UGUCCAAUAAAGUGUUGGAAAUAGUCUUAUUCGAAACAUCAGACAGAUAAGAUUGCCUGAAAAAACAAAAUAUAUUUUACAAGAUUUACAAAAAUUUGUUUUUCCAAAUUCACUGAUAAAAGAGAACGACAUGCUGAACGUUUACCACACCAGAAACUCAAAUCCUUCGCAGAACCUGUCGCGUAAGGAGAUCAUAAAAUGGAUAAACAGUACCCUGAACAUCGAUAUCAAGAAGCUGGAGGCUCUGGGAUCCGGCGCCGAGUACUGUCAGCUGUUUAACCAACUCCAUCCGGGCACCAUAAACCUGAAGAAGGUGAAACACGGUUCACAUCUCCAGGCGGACUACCAGGCCAACUUCCUUUUGCUACAGCGGGCCCUGCAGAAGGUGGGUGUGGACAAGGACAUCCAGAUAGGCAGGAUGAUUGUGGGUGGCUGUCGCGAGAACUUGGACUUCGCUCAGUGGUUCAAAAAGCUCUACGACCGAAACAUUGAAAAGCAGGACACAGUCUUCCAGGAUGUCUCGGAGCCCAGCAAGCCGUCGUUCAGCAAGCAGUCGUCCAGCAAGCGGUCGUCUAGCAAUCUGUCGUCCAGCAAGCGGUCGUCUAGCAAUCUGUCGUCCAGCAAGCGGUCGUCCAGCAAGAUAUCGUCCAUCAAGCGGUCGUCUAGCAAUCUGUCGUCCAGCAAGCGGUCGUCCAGCAGUCUGUCGUCCAGCAGUCUGUCGUCCAGCCAGCGGUCGUCCAGCAGUACUGUAGUUCCAUCUGGGCCCCUCAGCCAGCGAUCGGUGUCACUCCUUUCCCGAAAACAUCAACCAGACUUCGUUGGUGUAUUGAUGCGUUCGAUGUCUGGAUAAAUCUAUCGAAAAGGAAGCUUAUCUUUAGCGAUAUUUGAGUUUAAAUCUCCUUAGAAUAAAAUUGUUUUAAAUUCUUUUU